GCACACACACUGCGGGGGGACCCCUCGGGUAGAAAACAGAGUGGCAUCUCCGGCGGCCUCUCGAUGGCGGAAGACGCGGGCAGGAAGUGGUACCCUCUCCAUUCCGCGCUCAUCUUUGGAGAUCUUCCAUCUGCCAAGAGCUUGUUUGAGAAAGGAUGCAGCGAUGCCGGCAUGCUGGUCACGUCCAACUCGAAGGGGUGGAGAGCACUGCACUUCGCCACUCAGAGUGGACACAACGAAUCAGUAGAGUGGCUAUUGAGCCUCGAGGGCUGCGACGCCGCCGCCCGAACAACCAAGGGGGAAACCGCCCUGCACCUGUCGGCGCUGAGGGGAGACGAGAGGGUCUGUCAGACGCUCAUAGACGGGGGCUGCCCGCCGGAAGCCGUGACGCGGGAGGGGAAGUCGGCGCUGCACUUGGCCGCGGCGAAGGGCCACUUGGCCGUGACGCGAUUCCUCGUCGUGGGGGCGGGACUGUCACCUUCUACUCCGGACGGAGGCGGUGCGUCCGCGGCGGCUCUCGCGCUCGCGGGCAACCACAAGUCCGUGGUCCGAUUGCUCCAGAAGAACUGCCCGGGAGUUCCCAUGGGGGUUCCCAAGCGGUCGAACAACAGCAGGCGUUCUCUCGACGCGGCGAGACUUCUGCCUUCCUCGGAACUUGCGGGGGGAUCAGGCUUCCAGGGACGGAAGGGGCGCCGCAAUCUGCGCGCGAGAGAGGGGGGGGUCAUCUUCGGCGGUGACGGCGGCGGGCGUGGCAAAGGGGGGGUUGGGAAGAGAGGCGGCGCGAAGGCCGCGGAGGAAGCGGGGCGCCGGUUGCUGGAGGCUUCCAGAGUGGGGGACACCCUUGCCAUGGGACGGGUCCUGGCGAGCGGGGACGUUGAUGUAGAAUGUGUCGGCAGGGGCAACGGGUGGACGGCGGUGAUGGAGGCAGCGGAGCACGGGUCGUUGGAAGCGGUGUCGUUCCUGUUGGACAAGGGUGCCGACCUGGAGCGUACCAACAACAAGGGUCUCACCCCUCUGCAGCUGGCCGUGCGCUCUGGGCACCUGGGGGUGACGGAGGAGCUCUUGAUUCGAGGAGCACGGCCGAACGUCACCACCAAGGCUGGUCUGUGCUUGCGCUGCUUGGCAAACUCUAUGGGCCAUGACUAUCUCGCGGAUUGGCUCUUCGCGAUGGGGGUGGCUGAUGGCGUGGACGGCGGUUGCGCUUGUUCAGGGGGCGCAAAGAGUGCCAGUGGCGGGGGCGACGAGCCUGCGUCCAGCGCCAACGCCGUAAGAGCACGGCAGCACACAGGCGGUUCCGCUCAUAGCAACGGCGGCGCACCGUCGCCGUUGCCGCCGCCGCCGCCACCGGCAGGCUCUGAGACCGGUGCCCCGACGGCGGCGCUGACGGAGUGGCUGGCGAGCCUUGGCCUCAGCGCUUACGAGAGCCGACUGGUCUCCGAGGGCUUCGAUACCCUCGAUGCCAUGUGCGCGGUCACGGAACCGGACCUCGAGGCGAUGGGCUUCAAGAAGGGCCACCUGCGACUGCUGCUGGCGCGAGCGCCGUCCGCCUCGACGCUAACCACCACCGCCAACGGCGGCCGGGGCGACAGGCACGUGUCGUUUGUAGAUGAUCGCGGAGCGCGGGCGGGGUCACCGCCGGUAGCGGUAGCCUCCGUUCCCCGCGAGGGCGGCGGCGGCGGCGGCGGCGGCGGCGGCGGCGGCGGCGGCGGCGGCUGGGUGAAUCCUACCGAAGUCAUGGCGCAACCCGUAGCGCGAGAUGUGGGUGAUGAGGACAAGGAGGAGACCGACCCCCGGUAUUGCGAAGCUUGGGUGCUGCAGCCCUCCCGGGCGCUGUCCGCGGGAGGGAGCAGCGGCGGCGAUCGGGCAAGGAGCAGCAGCAGCAGCAGCAGCACCGCCGAGGGGUUCAAGGAGCUCAAGCCGGAGGAGGUGGAGGUCGACCACGUCAUCGGGGAAGGGUCAUUCGGCGUGGUACGGCGGGCUCGGUGGAGAGGUAUGGAGGUUGCCGUCAAAGAGCUCAAGACUUGCAUCGCGUCCGCGGCUGCGGUGGCUGCGGCGGCGGGCGCGGCGACAUCGGUGGCGGUCGGUGGUGGCGAUAGCAACGAUGCGACGGCGGGGACGGAGCUGGGCGGCAAGGUGAAGCAGCGGGAUAUUGACAACUUGGUGCAGGGGCAGGAGGAGAUGCGGCACGAGGCGAGGAUGCUAGCCAAAGUGUGCAACCACAACUGCGUGGUGCAGUUCGUGGGGGUGCUGCUGCGGCCGGUGCCGUCGGUGGUGACGAUGUUUAUGGAGAACGGGUCCGUAGAGGACAUGCUGGUCUCCUCCGACAAGACGGCGACCAAGGACCUCGUGUGCCGCAUGGCCAUCGAGGCGGCAAAGGGCGUGAUACACCUGCAUAGGCAAGCAACGGUGUAGACGCUCACGCGCUAGCGCAC